UGAUCCAUUUCGAGCAUGCGCAUUGAGUGCAUUACCUAAUUGGUGCUACUGUGCUCAAAGAUGCGGUGGAAAAACUGCAUCGUGUGAUUCAGGUCUAGGGCGAGGCAACGUAACACGUCUUGCUUAUUGACUCAGAACAUUCCUUCUGUUAAGGUUAAAUAUUUAGAUUUCAACCAUGCGUGAAUGUAUCAGUAUCCAUGUUGGCCAAGCUGGCGUGCAAAUUGGCAAUGCUUGUUGGGAGCUGUACUGCCUGGAACACGGCAUUCAGCCUGAUGGUCAGAUGCCAAGUGAUAAAACCAUAGGCGGUGGAGACGAUUCCUUUAACACCUUUUUCAGUGAAACUGGAGCAGGAAAGCAUGUCCCAAGAGCAGUCUAUGUCGACUUAGAACCGACAGUAGUUGAUGAGGUUCGAACCGGGACCUACCGACAGCUCUUUCAUCCGGAGCAGCUAAUCACGGGAAAGGAAGACGCUGCCAACAACUACGCUAGAGGUCACUACACCAUUGGCAAAGAAAUCGUAGACCUAGUGUUGGACAGGAUUCGAAAAUUGGCUGAUCAAUGUACUGGUCUGCAGGGAUUUCUCAUAUUCCACAGCUUUGGAGGAGGCACUGGGUCUGGCUUCACUUCUUUACUGAUGGAAAGAUUGUCCGUAGAUUACGGAAAGAAGUCAAAGUUGGAAUUUGCCAUUUAUCCUGCUCCUCAGGUAUCCACAGCAGUUGUCGAACCUUACAAUUCCAUUCUUACCACCCACACGACGCUGGAGCAUUCAGACUGCGCCUUCAUGGUCGACAACGAAGCAAUCUACGACAUCUGUCGAAGAAAUCUCGACAUCGAAAGGCCCACAUACACAAAUCUUAAUCGUCUGAUCGGACAGAUAGUAUCUUCAAUCACAGCCUCACUCCGCUUCGACGGAGCACUGAAUGUCGAUCUGACCGAAUUCCAGACGAAUCUCGUGCCAUAUCCCAGAAUCCACUUCCCAUUGGUAACCUACGCCCCUGUGAUAUCAGCGGAAAAGGCUUACCACGAACAACUGACUGUAGCAGAGAUCACCAACGCCUGUUUCGAGCCUGCAAACCAAAUGGUUAAAUGUGAUCCAAGGCAUGGAAAAUACAUGGCUUGCUGUCUGCUGUACAGAGGUGAUGUAGUCCCCAAGGAUGUCAAUGCAGCCAUCGCUGCCAUUAAGACUAAACGUUCCAUACAGUUCGUCGAUUGGUGCCCAACUGGGUUUAAGGUGGGUAUCAACUACCAGCCACCAACAGUUGUACCUGGAGGUGACCUGGCUAAAGUACAGCGCGCUGUUUGUAUGCUCUCCAAUACUACAGCAAUCGCUGAAGCUUGGGCACGACUGGAUCACAAGUUCGAUCUCAUGUAUGCUAAGAGGGCUUUCGUCCAUUGGUAUGUCGGAGAAGGUAUGGAAGAGGGCGAGUUUUCAGAAGCAAGAGAAGAUUUGGCAGCUUUGGAGAAAGAUUAUGAAGAAGUUGGCAUCGAUUCCACCGAGGGUGGUGAAGAAGAAGGAGAGGAAGAAUAUUAAAACUUUUUUUUCCAGGACUUUAACAACAAUGUUGUUUGUCUGCAUUUCUGUCAUACUACGUUCUUGGAUUAUUAUUUUUUACUUCGACCGUAUGGUUAAAUUUGUAUUUGCUUUUUAUUGUUUAAAAAUCUAUUAAAAUCAUUUCAAAAUUGAA